GAAGGAUGGCAGGUCACUCGUCAAACGCAAUAGCCAAUAUUUACGAUAUACGUAUAGAAGAAAUUCAUCGUACCAAGCGUGACAACUUCCCAAAACAGAAAGUCGGUAACAGAAACUGACAUGCUGCUACGCUGCAUCUUUCUCGGUAUGCAGUUCGUCAAGAAAUAAGAACGACUUGAAAACGUCGGGCAUUUUCGUCAAAAUUCUCCCACAGAGGACUCGGAAUUCGUCUUGCAUUGUUGUAUCUCCGUCCCGGAUACUAGAAAUAACGUUUUUCGCUGAAGUAGAUUCGUACAACAUCGGAAAGGCUUCUAUCAUUCGUUUCAUCCACACUUUCGUUUGGCCGUACCAGCCUGCAGUGCGAUUGUGCUGAUGGAAAUACUUGUAUAAAGCCGCACUACGUCGCAACAUCGAGAUGAUCGCAAUUAGCUCGCAACAAAAAUCAUCCUUUCGCCCUAUAAAUUCUAAUGCAGCCUAAAUCGUUACGGCAACACGUUCCGAAUCCUCAAAUCUCAACCCCAAAAUAAUAAUAAGUAUCUUCCUUGUGUAACAAAAUUUGUAUAUUUUGACUUUUUUUGGAUUUUCCUGAUUUGUUGCUUUGUUUUUAUAGCUACCAGUAGUGUUUCUACAGUUUUUUUUGCUCGGAGAGGUACGAGAACAAGCACGAGUAUUUGUAUUGUAGUAUCACGACUGUUGUGCCACUUAAAUCGAAAGGCACAAAAAUUUCGUAGUUCAUUUGCUUGAACUACAGAUAGAUACGUAGCGGAACCAGUAUGUUGCGCUCAAUCACGUCGCAGGCCAAGAAGGCCACCACGCAAGUGAAGAAGGAGUCAGAAAAAGCACCGGCGGAGUCUUCAACGACCAGCGCUAACAACAAGUCAAGUGAGGACCCCAGCUCAGGCUCCACCAGCGACAAUGAGGUAAAUGUACAACACACAGAAGUAAAUCAGCACAUGACGAUUGAAGUUGACAAUUCAUAGAUACAAAAUGCAAUACUUAAAUUUAAUUUAUUACAAAAUUCAUCGGUGUACGAAAUUAGGAAUCGUGAUUUUGUUCGACGAUGUGCCUAAACUUACAUGACUCGAUGAUCUUUUGCACUCUACUUGUCUCCUCAAAUUAAACAGUUUCGCGCAAAACGGAGCCGGGGCCGUUUGACGGAAGAAGAAUACGAGUUCAUCGCGCGUGACAUUAUGGCGAAACCGCCAAUGACAGGGUAAUUAAUAUUUUUUUUCCUGUUCUAGUUCUGCAACUUUUUUAUAACCAGAUUUUCUAGUUCGCAUGAAUUGUAUGCUGCAUUUAACAACGAAGAAAGAUCUCGAUCUGGCCGAAGUGAUAUGAGAACACGUACAACUCAAAGGUACCUGAAGUACCACCUGCCGCUGCGCUACGCCGCGAGGACGGAGGAGGUGCGUUGGAUUUGGGUCGAUCAGCACACGGGUCACCUGGUCCACCAGGAUCUCAUCGGCGGAGGUCGCAACAGCGAUCUCGAGUACGAUUAAACUCUUCACAACUUCUUUCACGAGAUGUGGAAGGGAUUCUUCGUCAUGAUGAGACAAAAUUUGUUUGAAACAUUUUUUAAAAGACCUUAAGGUAUUGAGUGUGACACUGACGACCCAUAGAACAAGUUGUGCCACGACGUAUUGUGUUUCCCAAGAAACACGGCGACUUAGGCUUGGCGACGCAGCACGACAAAAACGACACCUCAAAAGUCUAGCAGUAAAAGCGAUCAGUAAUUGCUCACUACUGUACUUUCAACAAUUACGAUCGCUUUUCUCGCACAGACAACAGAUCUACACCGAGUAUGAUUUCCUAUUCUGCAGCUACACAGCUACACCUUCUAACGACGGCGACGCAUUUUUAUGUUAACACAUCACUCUUUAUGCUUUUUCUACUCUUUGACAUGAUUAUGAUUUGAAGUUUUCAAGGCGGUACAGACACUAACUUCAGCACUUUCUCUUGUUUCGAAUUAUUUAGCAGGUCUUGUUGUACGAUUCAUUGUUCACUUUGUACAGAAUGUAUAGCGGCUUCUAGGUGGUGGGUUCUCUGCUCCAGAGGUGAUGACGGCGUGUUGUUCAGAUGGACAAGGCAUGUCGUCGUCAUCUUUUUGAACUCCAUGUACACAGGUAGCAACCCGGGAUCUAGCUCAAUCAUCGGAAGCGCACGCUAGCAGCCAAUAACACAGCAGUAGUUUCUGGCAUGAUAGUAUUCCAAGAAUAAGUCCUCUGACCUUAAUAGCGAGAUCGAUGACGACCAAGCGACACAGGAAAUUUAUCUAGAAACUCCGGCUUAUUUCAACAACCACGACAACGACCCAUAGCGUGCAGCAUUUUAGAUGUGAGUAUUUCUUUAUUGCACAACUAUACACAUUUUUUUGGGAACAAAAUAAUUGCCCUCCACCUAUAGCUGUUUCUUUCUACAACGACGUCUCUAUUCUGACACUCUGACUCACCAGUGCCUCUUUACGCAACUUUUGGCGAAUCAGCUGUCUGGUACCUGAAACAAAUUUCUUGUGCGAAAUGUCAACAGGUGUCAGUGCUGUAGGUUUUAUCUAGUUGUUACUGUAAAAAGAACUGGGCUACCGCUUAACUUCUUCAUCCUCCAUGACGCACUAUUAGACUUUCAUCACGGACCUAAAUUGUGGAAAAUGAGAAGUUUCGCUUUGAGUUUUGCAGUAUCAGAUCAU